GCGGCUGCAAGCUGUCGUGGAAGAAGCCCGAGGAUGACGGAGGCAAACCCGUCUCCGGCUACGUAGUAGAGAAACUAAACAAGGCUACCGGCCGCUGGGUGCCGGUCGGCAAGACCGAUGACACCGAGAUGGAGGUCAAGGGCCUCCAAGAGGGAGAGGAGUACGAGUUCAGGGUCAAAGCAGUCAACGAGGAGGGCGAGUCCGAACCUCUGAAGACCGACCACUCGAUCAUCGCUAAGAACCCGUAUGACAUCCCCGGCAAGCCGUCCGUACCAACCAUUGAAGAUUGGGACGUGGACCGCGUGGACCUCAAAUGGGAGGCGCCCAAGAACAACGGAGGCGCCCCCAUCACCGGAUACGUUAUUGAAAAGAAAGAGAAGUUCGGACAGUGGCAGGAGGCGCUUGUCACUUCAACGCCAGAAUGCAAGGCCCGCGUGCCGGAUCUGAAGGAAGGCAACACGUACCAGUUCCGCGUGCGCGCCGUCAACAAGGCCGGCCCGGGUGAACCCGGCGAGCCCACGCAACCGCACGUGGCUAAGGCCAGGUUCUUGAAACCGCACAUCAAUCGUGACAAGAUGACGGCGAUCCGCGUACGCGCGGGCACCACCAUCAAGUUGGACGUCGACAUCAAGGGUGAACCGCCACCAACCAAGACCUGGACCUUCGCUAAGAAGGUCCUGGAAACCGGUCCAGGCCUCAAACUGGAGAACGAGGACUACAACACCCGUCUCCAGAUCUUCGACUCGUCCUGGGCCAACUCUGGCGUCUACACUUUGAAGGCUGAAAACGAAUCUGGCGUUGACGAGGCUACAGUGGAAAUCACUGUUCUUGACAAGCCAGGCAAGCCUGAAGGCCCGCUAGAGGUAUCAGACGUUCACGCCGACCACGUGAAACUGAGCUGGAACAAGCCCAAGCACACUGGUGGACUGCCACUCAGUGCUUAUGUUCUUGAGAAGAUGGACACGCUUACUGGGAAGUGGGUGCCAGCAGGCACCAUCGACCCAGACAAGACCGAGGCUACCGUCACUGGCCUAGAGCCAGGCCACACCUAUCAGUUCCGCGUGAAAGCCCUCAACGAGGAAGGCGAGUCGGAACCCCUGGAGACCGACCACGGAACCCUGGCCAAGAACCCAUACGAUGUGCCAGCGCCGCCUGGCCUGCCAGACAUCGUGGACUGGGAUGAGAAGUCCGCCAAACUCAAGUGGGAACCUCCCAUUAGGGAUAAUGGUGCUCCUAUCACUGGAUACAUCAUUGAAGUUAUGGAUAGAGACCGCGGAGAGUUUGUCAAGGCUGCCGAGAUCCAAGGCAACAUUUGCCAAGGCACAGUGCCCAAGCUGGAGGAAGGCAACCAGUACCAGUUCCGUAUCCGCGCGCUGAACAAGGCCGGCCAGUCGGAACCUUCGGAGAACACCAACUGGCACACCGCUAAGGCGCGAUUCUUGAAACCAAGAAUCGACCGCACCAACCUGAACCCAAUCACUGUCAAGGCUGGUCUACCAGUCUCUCUCGACGUCAAGGUCUUCGGAGAACCACCAGCGACCGUGACCUGGUUCUUCAAGGGAACGGAACUGAAGAACGGCGAGAAUCUAGAGAUUAUUAACGUGGAUUACAACACCAAGUUCCUGAUGACUAAGAGCAAGAGAGCUAAUACUGGAAAGUACGUGAUCAAGGCGAAGAAUGAAGUGGGAGAGGAUGAGGCUGAAGUGGAAAUUACCAUUCUGGGCAAGCCAUCCAAGCCCAACGGUCCACUGGAAGUCGCUGACGUCACCAAGAACGGAUGCACUCUUUCAUGGAAGAAACCCGACGAUGACGGUGGCUCGCCCGUGGAAUACUACGAGAUCGAGAAACUUGACCCGCUCACAGGACAAUGGAUCCCGUGCGGCACUGCCAAGGACUGCAAGGCGAACAUUACUGGCCUGCAGGAAGGCAAGCCCUACAAGUUCCGCGUCAAAGCUGUCAACAAGGAGGGCGAGUCGGAAGAGCUGGAAACAGAGAAACCGAUCAUCGCUAAGAAUCCUUUCGACGAGCCCGGCAAGCCCGGCCGUCCGGAGCCCCGGAACUGGGACAAAGACUUCGUGGAGCUGGAAUGGAGCCCGCCCAAGGACGACGGUGGCGCCCCCAUCACCGGCUAUAUCGUGCAAAAGAGAGAGAAGGGUGGAAGAUCAUGGCAAGACUGCCUCAAGACGACCGGCGACCGCCCGACAGGCCGCGUGACGGAUGUAGAGGAAGGCCACGAGUACGAGUUCCGAGUGAUGGCCGUCAACAAGGCCGGCCCGGGAGAACCGUCCGACCCUAGCAAGUCUGUCAUCGCCAAGCCUAGAUUCCUGGCCCCGAAGAUCGACCGCAAGAACUUGCAGAAACGCAAGGUCAAGGUCGGCCAGCCUCUCAAGAUGGAGGCAGAUGUCAAGGGAGAACCAGAACCCACCAUCACCUGGACCUUCAACGGACAGCCGCUCAAGCCUGAGGAGCGACUUAAGAUUGAGAACAAGGACUACCACACAUCGUUCGCGCUGCAAAAGCUGACGCGCGCUGACAGCGGCAAAUACGUCGUCACUGCUAAGAACGACAGCGGAACUGACACGGUCGAGAUUGAAGUGCAAGUGGUCAGCAAGCCGGCUAAGCCGAAGGGACCGCUCAAGGUAUCCGACGUCAAAGCAGACGGCUGCAAGCUCAAAUGGGAGCCGCCGGAAGACGACGGAGGCGAACCGGUCGAAAGCUACGUGGUCGAACGAAUGGACACCGAGUCCGGUCGCUGGGUGCCUGUGUGCACCACCAAGACUCCUGAGGCUGACGUCACGGGCUUGAACGAGGGCAAGGAUUACAUGUUCAGAGUGAAGGCUGUCAACCCGGAGGGCGAGAGUGAACCGCUUGUGACUGAUACCGCUACGACUGCUAAGAAUCCUUAUGGCGAGCCCGACCCGCCCGGCAAGCCCGAGUUCAAGGACUGGUCCAAGGAGCACGUGGACCUCAAAUGGGAGAAGCCAGCCAACGACGGCGGCGCUCCUAUUACCGGCUACAUCGUCGAGAAGAAGGACCGUGACACCGGCAAGUGGGUGAAGGCUGCUGAGGUGCCCGGAAACAAGACAGAGGCCCGUGUUCCCGAUCUGAUCGAAGGCAAGACAUACCAAUUCCGCGUGAAGGCCGUCAACAAGGCAGGACCUGGCAAGCCGUCCGCAGCUUCAGAGAAUCUGCUGGCUAAGGACAGGUUUGCGCCACCUAAGAUCGACCGCACCAAUAUGCGAGACAUCACCAUCAAGGCUGGCCAGAACAUUCGGUUGGACAUCAAGGUUUCUGGUGAACCUCCACCAACAAAGACUUG